AUGAGUUUUCCAGUGAAAAGGGAGUGAUUGAUUAGCUCACAAUCAGAUGAAAUCAGGGAUCAUUAUAAAUUCACAAGCACAACACUUGGAGAAGGGUCGUAUGGGUUUGUGAAGAUUGCUACAAGAAUAACAGACAGCUCUAAAGUUGCUGUAAAAAUUAUUCCUAAAAAGAAAAUUAAAAGACCAGAAUUGCUUACACGUGAAAUUGAGAUAAUGAAGACGGUGGAUCAUCCAAAUAUAGUCAAACUAUUUGAAACAUUUGAAGAUUCCAGGUUUAUUUAUCUCCCAAUGGAACUAUGUGAAGGAGGCGAGCUCUUUGACCGAAUCAUUAAUGAAGGCCACUUUUCAGAAAAAAAGGCUUCGUUUACAUUUCUGUUUAUGCUUUCAGCUGUAGCUUAUUUGCAUAGCAGAGACAUAGUUCACAGAGAUCUUAAACCAGAAAACUUCUUGUAUGAAACGAAAGACCCAGAUUCAAAGUUAAAACUUAUAGACUUUGGGCUAUCAAAAAUGACUGGAAAAAACAAGGAUCUCACAACAAAAACUGGAACAUGCUACUAUGUGUCUCCUGAAACAUUAUCUGGGCAUUAUAAUGAAAAAUGUGACGAAUGGAGCUUAGGAGUCAUUUUAUAUAUGAUGCUUUCUGGGUAUCCUCCAUUUGAUGGAGAAAGUGAUAGUGAAGUGCUUCAUAGCGUGAGACAUAAUCAAUUGGAAUUUGACGGAGCUGUAUGGGACGAUGUUUCUCCAGCAGCAAAAGAUUUGAUAACAAAGCUACUUGAUAGAAAUAUAGAGACAAGAAUAACUGCUCAAGAAGCAUUAGGACACACUUGGCUACUACAAAAUGAAGAGUGCCCUUAUCAGCCUCUGUCACUUGACAUCCAUCAGUUAAGAAGCUACCGCAACUCAAAUAAGUUCAAAAAAACUGUUCUUAAUUAUAUUGCUACUCAAUGCUCACCAAGAGAACUAGAAGGGAUGAUUGAUGUAUUCAGGCAACUAGAUACAAACCAUGAUGGAAAAUUAACAUUAUUAGAACUGCAAAACUCGAUUCUCUCAUCUGAUGUAAGCAUACCUGAGCUUGAAGAAUUAAUUAUUUCUAUUGAUACUGAUGGGUCAGGAACUAUAGAUUUAACUGAGUUCUUAGCGGCCAUGAUGGACAAAAGGGUAUAUUUAAGCCAAGAAAAAUUAUGGAAUGCUUUUAAGAGAUUUGAUAUCAAUGGGAGUGGGAAAAUAACUGCACAUGAGCUCAGAGAAGUCAUGGAUCAAGAGCACUUAAUUCCAAACCCAGAGAUUUGGCAAGAAAUCGUACAAGAAGUGGAUGCUGAUGGAGAUGAAGAAAUCAGCUAUGAUGAUUUCGUAAAAAUGAUGGAAAGGACUUCAUCGGAAACUGCAGAAGUGGUUAGGAAAAGCUUGACUCUUUAA